GUAUACGGAUCCGAAAGGUUGAAGGGUUCGUUAGACAGGAGAGAAGCAUCAACCAACAGCUGCACAAUCAUCAUGGUGGUGUCUGACGCUGGUAACUGGUGCCUCAUUGAGAGUGAUCCUGGGGUCUUCACCGAUCUCAUACACAAAUUUGGUGUGAAAGGUGUCCAGGUGGAAGAAAUAUGGAGUUUAGAUGACGACUCCUUUAUAAACCUCAAGCCUGUGCACGGUCUCAUCUUUCUGUUCAAAUGGCAGCAAGAGGAGCAGCCUUCUGGUACAGUUGUUCAGGAUAAUCGGUUGGAUAAAAUCUUCUUUGCAAAACAGAUGAUAAACAAUGCCUGUGCCACACAAGCAAUCCUAUCAAUAUUGCUCAACUCAAAGCAUGUGGACCUACAGCUGGGAUCUACACUCAGUGAAUUUAAAGAAUUCACCCAGACCUUUGAUGCUCACAUGAAAGGCUUAGCACUUUCCAAUUCAGAUACUAUCCGCAAUGUUCACAACUCUUUUGCCAGGCAAACUCUCUUUGAAUUUGACAAACAGCAGCCCUCUGAAGAUGAUGAUGUGUUUCAUUUUGUGGGUUAUAUUCCCAUUGAAGGCCGCCUCUAUGAACUGGAUGGCCUCAAGGAUGGACCAAUAGAUCUGGGUCCCAUACCUCCUGGUACAGAUUGGCUCACAGUUGUACAGCCUGUUAUUCAGCGAAGAAUUCAAAAAUAUAGUGAAGGUGAAAUUCACUUUAAUCUCAUGGCUAUUGUUAGUGACCGCAAAAUGGUUAUUGAAAGGAGUAUCACACAGUUGCAGAGAGAAAUUGAGGAAAGUGAAGGAGACACGUCCAGUCAAGAGGAGGAGUUGGCACGUCUUCGAGUAACCCUUGAAACUGAAGAAACCAAGCGAACCCGGUGGCAAAUUGAGAAUAUCCGCCGGAAACACAAUUACCUACCACUCAUUGUUAAUAUGAUGAAGAUAUUGGCAGAGGAAGGAAAGUUGUUACCUAUCUACCACAAUGCACGGGAAAAGGCACGAGCACGGCAUGAAAAAUCUAAAGAAAAGUCAAAAGAAAAGAGCAGUGCUUGACAGGGAACAACAGAAAAAGUAACGCAUCGAAACUGGGAGCAAAUAUUAAUUGUGGAGCAAGAAGUAUAGGUGUUGGUCAUUACUCUAUACUUUCCAUCUUGUUUUAAAAUGUAAAAUCCAGUUCCAAAAUAUGUCUUUUUCUCAAAACAUCUGUUGAAUGCUUAAGACUGUCAGUUUUGUACAUGUUUCACCAGUCAUUGGUUCUUUAAAAUACUCCUGGACCCCUAAAUUAUUGUUGUUAAUGGGCGAUUUCUUAUGGGUCCUUUUAACUUAUACAGUAAAUUGGUUUAAAAUUAUCUAGUGUGUGGAAAGGUUUUGUGCUGUUCAAAUGAAUUGUAUUGGUUUUCUUGUGAAUGUAUAAAUGCAUAAUUUAAAAAAAGAUAUAUUUUAACGUUGCUAUUUGUCAUUUUAAAUUAUAAAACUUGUACAAUUUCCUCAAUAAAACCAUAUAAUAUGGUAAAUGAAGAA